CUCCAGCAGUUCGGCCAAUCGCCGCCCGGGAGCGGUUGCCUGGCUGCCGGUGCCGGAGCAGGGAGCGGCGCGGAACGUCGCCGGUGCUGCUGCUGCUGGCCGCGGCCGAGCGACCCCUCCCCGCUGUGUGUGCGCCGCCGGGCCCCAGCCUGCCGCCGCCAUGUCGUCGCCGUCGUCGUCCGGGGAGCAGUACGAGGAGGAGGAGGACGGCGCCUACGAGAGCCAGGCCAAGCGCCUCAAGCCCAGCGCCGCCGCCGAGGAGGGCGAGAUCGAGUACGGCGGCGAGGAAGGCGAGGGCCGCCGGGAGAAAGCGGCGCCCCCCCGCGGAGGGGGCUUCUCGGGCGGGGAUGUGGGUGGAAGUCAUCACAAAGUUUCUAUUUCUCCUGUCGUCCAUGUCCGGGGACUCUGUGAAUCAGUCGUAGAAGCGGACCUUGUGGAGGCUCUUGAAAAAUUUGGAACCAUAUGCUAUGUCAUGAUGAUGCCAUUUAAACGCCAGGCUUUGGUGGAAUUUGAAAACAUAGAAAGUGCCAAGAAGUGUGUGACAUUUGCAGCAGAUGAGCCAGUGUAUAUUGCUGGACAACAAGCUUUUUUCAACUAUUCUACAAGCAAAAGGAUCACUCGGCCAGGGAACACGGAUGAUCCAUCAGGUGGAAACAAAGUUCUCCUAUUAUCAAUUCAAAAUCCUCUCUACCCAAUUACAGUGGAUGUCUUGUAUACUGUGUGCAACCCUGUUGGGAAAGUGCAACGUAUUGUUAUAUUCAAGAGAAAUGGAAUACAAGCAAUGGUUGAGUUUGAAUCAGUUCUCUGUGCUCAGAAGGCUAAAGCAGCACUCAAUGGAGCAGAUAUAUAUGCAGGAUGCUGUACACUAAAAAUUGAAUAUGCAAGGCCAACUCGACUUAAUGUCAUUAGAAACGACAAUGAUAGUUGGGACUACACUAAACCGUAUCUGGGCAGACGAGACAGAGGGAAGGGCCGCCAGAGGCAAGCCAUUCUGGGAGAACAUCCUUCAUCAUUUAGACAUGAUGGCUAUGGAUCACAUGGUCCUUUGUUACCCUUACCAAGCCGGUACCGAAUGGGAUCUCGGGACACUCCAGAGCUUGUUGCUUACCCACUACCCCAGGCUUCCUCCUCUUACAUGCAUGGUGGAAACCCUUCUGGCUCAGUUGUCAUGGUUAGUGGGUUGCAUCAGCUAAAGAUGAACUGUUCGAGGGUCUUCAACCUGUUCUGCUUGUACGGAAAUAUUGAAAAGGUAAAAUUUAUGAAGACGAUUCCAGGCACAGCAUUGGUAGAAAUGGGUGAUGAGUAUGCUGUAGAAAGAGCUGUCACACAUCUCAACAAUGUCAAGUUAUUUGGGAAGAGGCUUAAUGUCUGUGUGUCCAAGCAGCACUCGGUAGUUCCCAGUCAAAUAUUCGAGCUGGAGGAUGGUACAAGUAGUUACAAGGAUUUUGCUAUGAGCAAGAAUAAUCGCUUCACCAGUGCUGGCCAAGCAUCCAAGAAUAUAAUCCAGCCACCCUCUUGCGUGCUACAUUAUUAUAAUGUACCCCUGUGUGUAACUGAAGAAACCUUCGUAAAGUUGUGUGAUGACCAUGAAGUUCUCACUUUCAUCAAAUAUAAAGUGUUUGAUCCAAAACCUUCUGCCAAAACGCUCUCUGGUCUGCUGGAAUGGGAAUGCAAGACAGAUGCAGUGGAGGCCCUCACUGUACUUAAUCACUACCAGAUAAGAGUCCCAAAUGGCUCUAAUCCUUAUACCUUGAAGCUUUGCUUCUCUACUUCAUCCCAUUUAUAGAGAGAAGAAGAAAGCAUGUUAGGCGCUACAUUCACCUUGAUUUGCAAGUUUGAAACUACAUUUCAUUCAGAAGCUCUGAAGUUGUUGCUCUAAUGUUGCCUCGUUUCCACUUAAUUCUAAGAUCUCCUAUCUUGUUUUAGAAUAAAUGGAUGUUUCUUCAUAAAUACAGAAUAAACCUUCUCUCUUUGCUUCUGAAGAGAACAUGUUUGUUGUAAACUUACUACAAAAAGUUUGUUUUUCACUAAAUUGUAAUUAGUACCUACAAGUAUUCAACCACCUUGUAGGUAGCUUAUGCACAGAUACUGUGUACCGUUCCAAACUUUAAAUCUGCAAUUGUUUUAAUCCAAGAAUGAAAUAUAUUUGCGUUUUCAAUAAUGUUUAAAGGAUUAGCAAGUAUUUUUCCAUUGUAGGCUUAAUUGUCAGAUAGAUUCUACGUGAAAUAGUUCUGUUUCUGGUUACAUGUUUAGGUAACGAAGUAUGUUGCAAUUAUUAAUACUAAAAAUAAGUUUGUAUUUAUAAAAUGUUUUCAUUAGGUUAACAUUGCGCACAUACUGGAUUUUGAGUAGCAUAGACUUACCUGAUUUAUAUUUCAAAAAAGCUAGCAUAGAGAAGACAAUUAUUCAGUCAAUUUGUAUAGUGUGCACUCAAAUUUACUUAACAUGGAGAUGGUUUUUAAAAACCAUUUUCCGUUUGCAUUGGCAUAUCAGUCCAUUCUUGGGUAACUUUUUUUUUUAAAUUAAAGUUUCAGGCCUCA